GAUAGAGUGAUGAACCAAACUUGUUAAUAACCAUUGCAUUGGUCUUCAAGAAGGACGCAUGCGUUGCAUGCAUCCUUGAAUCCAUAUCCACAUAAAGUUCAUUGAUGUUUUUGUCUUCCACCUCUUCUUUCUCUCAUUUACACUUUACCCCACUGUCCUUUUAUCUAUCCUAUUUCCUCCACACUCAAAACAAAACACACUGACCAAUUUGUCCCGCGCUCAUAAGCGUUAAUAAUAUCCCACUUUCCCGCCUUUGCUAUUGAAACAGAACCUCUUUUUUCUCUCAUCUCCACAGUCCCAAGUCGCCCUCAUCUUGUCAUCAUCUCUCGUCCAUUUGGACCCCAUUUCCUUUUCUGACAUUCUUCUAAUACCUCAUAAUAUCCUACUCUAACAAUGGCAGUUGCUAUGCUCUCCAAAAAGAAGUCAAAGAGCCGUUCCAGGCGCCGUUCAGCAGGCGCAACAGCAUAUGGGGAAGAAGAAGAAGAUAUGAUGAUCAUUAAUCGUCUGGAGAAUGAACCCUGGCAACCUGAUCUCUUACUUGAGCGCCAGAUGGACAGAUCAUUAAACACCAUCAACAAUACCACGCAGCAUAUUACCACAACCACUCUUGAUCUCAGUUUUUUUGAUCGACAGGGCACAUUUACUUCACCUGCUACUGACGUAGAGGAUGCUGGCACUAUUCGAAAUAAUUUCUCUAUCAAUGACACUGUAGAUAUUCCCAGUGAUUUUGGAGAUAUGGUUCCUAUCAUCACUAAAUCCCCAACUCCCCUAGUCAUGACAACCGCUGCAGAUACAGAGCCCCUUGUUGGGUCCACAGCCAAGGCCCACUCAACCAAGAUCGAGGAGUACCUUUCUAAGGCACAUCAGGAACAGCAACGACAACAGGAGAUGCAGAUGCAAUUGAGCCUGCAAUAUCAACCACCAUCACAUCUAUACACUAGCACUAAAAAACAACAGCAGGAAGCAGAGCAAUCCUCACGGCCAAAGAUAUACCACGGUACGCUCUAUGAUCAUUCGCUUCCGAGUCUAGAUGAGAGAGGACUACCGCCAAGGCUAGUCAUACGUCCUUGUCCAAUAUCAACCUACGAGCCUUGUCCGGUUACAGGUGAAUCAGUCUCAGAGAACAAGACUAUGACUGAACAAGAGGAGGUCAUUGAAUCGCUACAAUCGCUCAAGAACAUAACUAUGCUAGCUCUGGAUGGAUUGCUGCAACAGGUUGUUUCUGAUGUUACCGCCUGUGAUCCCGUUCAUAAUCCAGACGAAACAACCAUUCAAGCGCGUGCUUUUAUCCGACGCAGCUCCGCUCCACUACUUGAUCUACUCAAGCAUGAGCAUCAAUCUGAACUGCUUCAACAGCCGCAACAACAACAACUACAACAGACUCAAAACCUAGAAGUUUCACAUUCAAUGUUGGGAUCGUCACCGCCUAGGAAACAAAAAUUCAUCUCAAUUACACCAAUCGCGGGAAUAGCAACCUCUUCGUUUGAGCGACUGGAUGAACUGGAACGAAAAAUCGAUCAACUAUCUGCGUUGGGCGAUGAGCAGCUUUGUCCAUCAAAAUUGCCCGAUAACCAAGCCCACGAAGCACUACUACAUGAAUCCUUUGAUAUACCCACAAGCCGCUCACAAGAGUUGGUGCCACAGGAUGAGCAGCAGCAGCUCGAGCAGAAAAGUCUGACCUGCACAAAAUUGUUUGAUAGCCAGGAAUACCAAUUAGCCUGUGCUUUGGCUGCGAUGCUAGCCUGCAUAUACCGUAUUCUCAAUAAUAUACAGCAGCAACAACAACCACGUACGCCACAACGCACCGAGUCUGCGGAUUCUGGCUUAGAUCAAGCAGCACGACUCUGGAAAAGACUCUCGUCUAAUUCAUUUAGUACUAAGAGUACUCUUCGUCAACCUCUGUCCCCGCUAUCAGCUUUACCUUCCACUUUAACUUCGGCUUCAGAUUUAGUAUCUCAAAAGAGUAAGAAAUCAAUGGUCCCGCCUAGCCCUUUAUCGCCACUGAAAGGUACUCUACUCAAGGAUUCUAUAGGAGCAGCAGCAACAACACCGUCAUCAGCGACAACAGCGGCUGGGGGAGCUGGGGUAACGAAUAGCUUUAUGCAGUCUUUUAAUAAGCAAGUUCGAACGCUCAAAAGCCGCAGAACACAGUCAACGUCCCAGAUAGAGGUAACAACGGCUUACAAAUCCUUACAGGGUAGAGUCCUAUCAGGUCUUAGGCUAGAGUCCUCAAACAAAGGAGAAGAUCUCUAUUCUGAGAAUACAUUGCAAGCUAGCAGCAUAAAAGAGCUUGAACAUGACUGGGCAGAGCUCGAUAAGCUCAUGGAUGAGUUGACGCAUUUGUGGAGGUUUUGCGAGAGCCUAGAAGACAUUAGCCACGAUGAUGAAGCGCAUAACGGGAAUACAGAGGGGGCUGUGGACGCAAAUGGGGCUGUGAACCCCUUCCAUGACCGCAAUCAAGUACCUGCACUUUCCUCAACAGCCUCCGUCACACACUCAUUAAAGCUGUUGCAUAAUUUUGAUCAACAGACACUAGACAUGGCCGCAUUAAAUGAUGAUCUUCCAGAGUAUGACGAAGACCUCGCUCCACAAUACGUCCCUGAAAAGUUGGACGAGGAAGCUUCUAUGGUGUCCAAUGGGAAUAGUGCGAUUCGAAAGGCGACCACCAACCAAAACACUUUGAAUGGUCACAUGAGUGUAAGUGGCACUCUUGAUGAUGAAAAGACACGAUUCGAUCUAAACAAUGUCAUGUCAGCCAUCGAAAGGCUCUCGAAGGUGGCACCGCGAUUGGAUAACCAACGAGUGCAGUUCUCUCCUACUCUAAAAGAAAGAAUGACGCGAGCUAAUAUUGCUCACACGCUUGAUCGGUUAUCGAAAGGACAUACGGACAGAAUAUCACCUACGCGAAUGUCAUCAUCAUCAUCAUCUGCUAAACAGCAGCAACGACUGAACGCCGAGCGCAACAGGGACUUGGAUAAGCUAGUAAGCCAAAUUGUGGAGUCUGCGGCCAAAGCGACAAGCUAUUCGGCACAGCGUGCAGAGUUCAGUCCGCGCCUCCAAUGGAAAUUGGACGGCGCACGAAUGGUCGAUACAAUUGAGCGCGGUGAAAGGCUGCGCAUGUCAGAUCAAGACUGGCAAUCGCCUGAAAAUGUGCUGCUUAAGGAUAUGACCCGUCUCACAAACACGCUGUACCAACAAUCAGCUUCUGCUACUUCCAAAGCAUAUGCUAUGCAGCGAUUCACGUUAACAGAAGGGAAGGCUCAAAGCAUGGCGCUGCAAGGCAUCAUCAGCAAAAUUGAGCGAGCUUCUGGCAGAAGGAUGGAUAACCAGGAUGCUGAUAUGCCGUCACCAUUGUCAUCCUCAAAUCAUCAAAAUAAAUCCAAAACCGGUCUCUCUAAACUGACAUCCACCUCAGCAAUAGAGGUCAUAAGCGAAAGCAAGAGCAAGAGCAAGAGCAAGAGCAAAAGUAAGAGCAAGAACGAGAACAAGAGUAAGAGCCAAGAUCAUGAUCUUGACAAUAGUAUUUGUAGAACCAAGGAACUCCAAGAUAUGAUCAACCAGGUGGUAGAAAGCGGUGGUGGGCCAACUCGUAAAUCUGCGAUGGCUUCUCAGCGUGCACAGCUCGAUUCCAGAUAGAUGAAAACACGCGAAAUAUGU